GAUGUCAGCACGGCCCUGGAGACCGAGUCAGCCAACGGCAAAGAUCCCCUGGACGCUGCUGGGGAUGGUGCUGAGGCCCUGGAUGCCCAGGGGGGCUCGGGGGAUGAGGAGAACACACGGCAGCUGGGAGAGAUCGAGCUGCAGUGUGGGAUCUGUACCAAGUGGUUCACUGCAGACACCUUUGGCAUCGACACCACGUCCUGUCUGCCCUUCAUGACCAACUACAGCUUCCACUGCAAUGUGUGCCACCACAGCGGGAACACCUACUUCCUGAGGAAACAAGCAAAUCUGAAGGAAAUGUGCCUUAGUGCUCUGGCGAACCUCACGUGGCAGUCGAGGACACAGGAUGAACACCCCAAAACGAUGUUCUCCAAGGAUAAGGACAUUAUCCCAUUUAUUGAUAAAUACUGGGAGUGUAUGACCACACGGCAGAGGCCCGGGAAAAUGACUUGGCCCAAUAACAUUGUGAAAACCAUGUGUAAGGAGAGAGAUGUGUUCCUGGUGAAAGAGCAUCCAGACCCAGGCAGUAAAGACCCAGAAGAAGACUAUCCCAAAUUCGGACUUCUAGACCAAGACCUUGCCAAUAUUGGCCCUGCCUACGACAACCAGAAGCAGAACAACGCUGUGUCCACGAGCGGGAGCUUAAACGGGGGAAUGGCUGCCGGGGGCAGCGGGAAGGGACGCGGAGCCAAGCGCAAGCAGCAGGACGGAGGGACCGCAGGGACAGCCAAGAAAACCCGGAGUGACCCGUUGUUCUCGGCCCAGCGCCUGCCGCCCCACGGAUACCCUUUGGAGCAUCCCUUCAACAAGGAUGGGUAUCGCUACAUCCUGGCCGAGCCUGACCCGCACGCGCCCGACCCGGAGAAGCUGGAGCUGGACUGCUGGGCAGGAAAACCCAUUCCUGGGGACCUGUACAGGGCCUGCCUGUACGAGCGAGUCCUGCUGGCCCUGCACGACCGAGCUCCUCAGCUGAAGAUCUCUGAUGACAGGCUGACGGUGAUCGGCGAGAAGGGCUACUCCAUGGUGCGAGCCUCGCACGGCGUGCGGAAGGGAGCCUGGUACUUCGAGAUCUCCAUGGACGAGAUGCCUCCAGACACAGCUGCCAGACUGGGCUGGUCACAGCCCCUGGGGAACCUCCAGGCCCCUCUGGGUUAUGACAAGUUCAGUUACUCCUGGCGCAGCAAAAAGGGAACCAAGUUUCACCAGUCCAUAGGGAAACACUAUUCAUCUGGCUACGGGCAGGGUGAUGUCCUGGGAUUUUACAUCAGCCUUCCAGAGGAUACUGAGACAGCCAAAUCCCUGCCUGACACCUACAAGGACAAGGCUCUGAUCAAAUUCAAAAGCUACUUGUACUUUGAAGAGAAGGACUUUGUGGACAAAGCUGAGAAGAGCCUAAAGCAAGCACCUGGGAGUCAGAUCAUAUUCUUCAAGAAUGGUGUCAGCCAAGGAGUUGCCUUUAAGGACAUCUUUGAAGGGGUUUAUUUUCCUGCCAUUUCCUUGUACAAAGGCUGCACAGUGUCUAUCAACUUUGGGCCAUAUUUCAAGUAUCCACCCAGGGACAUCACUUACCACCCUAUGAGUGACAUGGGCUGGGGCGCCGUGGUGGAGCACACGCUGGCAGAUGUCCUGUACCACGUGGAGACAGAGGUGGAUGGGAGGAGGAGCCCACCCUGGGAGCCAUAG